AUGGCGUCCGCAAUCGCCCCAGCUGAGCCGGCCUACACUUUCGACAGUACCAAGGGCUACGUCGACGCCACCGUGCCAGGGGAGCACCGGGAUCCCGCACUCGAAUUCGCCGACGACGACGAAUACGUUGACGACAUUUUCUCGGAGGACGACGACGCGGAUGCAUUCGCGGACGCAGAGGACGCGCCGGUCAGCGGGGGCGGCGGAGGCGGCGACCUCACGAAGCGGUACAACCGGCAGCGCGAGGCGGCCGCGGGAAUCAACAAGGGCGUCAACUCGGCCGUGCAGAAGAAGGCGCGCCAGACCGACCAGAUGACGCAGUUGUCGAAGUUUGCGGGGCGCAUCCGGCUGGAUGAUAUGGGUCCUGCGGCGGGCGGUGGCGGAGGCGGCGGUGGGAAGGAUAAGAGCGAUCGCGCGACGAGCGAACAGGUGCUGGAUCCGCGCACGAGGAUGAUUCUGCUGCAGUUGAUCAACCGUGGGCAUAUCUCCACCAUCAAUGGUGUUAUCUCGACUGGAAAGGAGGCGAAUGUGUACCAUGCGCUUGCGGAAGCGGAGCGGCAUAUUGCGAUCAAGGUGUACAAGACGGCGAUUUUGGUCUUCAAGGACAGAGAUCGCUAUGUUACCGGCGAGCACCGUUUCCGCCACGGAUACUCGAAGAGCAACCACCGCUCGAUGGUGAAGCUUUGGGCAGAGAAGGAGCUCCGGAACUUGAAGCGUCUGCACAUGGCGGGUCUCCCGUGCCCGGAGCCGCUCCACCUGCGACUCCACGUGCUCGUGAUGGAAUUCCUGGGCGACAAGAAGGGCUGGCCCGCCCCACGCCUGCGCGACGCCGGUAUCCAGGGUGAAGAGGAGUGGGACCGCUGCUACCUCGAGAUGCUCAGCAUCAUGUGGCGCAUGUACCAAGUGUGCAAGCUCGUGCACGCCGAUCUGAGCGAAUACAAUGUGCUCUACCACCGCAACCACCUGUGGGUCAUCGACGUUUCGCAAUCCGUCGAGCUCAACCAUCCGCGAACCUUCGAAUUCCUGCGCAUGGAUAUCAAGAACGUUACCGAUUUCUUCCGACGCAGCGGCGUGGAACCCGUAGGAAUGCGGAAGCUGUUCGAGUUCAUCACCGAGACCCCGAUCGAAGAGAGUAUCCAGAAGGACCCCGAGGCGAUAUUGGAGAUCCUGAGAACCCUGACGAGAGGCGGAGAGUCCGAGGAGGAAGAGGAGGUGUUCAGACAGAGUUUCAUCCCCCGGACGCUCGAGGAUGUUUACGAUUACGAGCGCGAUGCGGAGAUGGUUGGGCGCGGCGAAGGCCAAGGGCUGGUGUACAACCAGCUCCUUGCCCCUAAGGCCGAGAAGGAGGGUAGCGACGAGGAAGAAGUGGAGCUUACCGAUGACUCCGACGAUGACGAGGAGGAUGAUUCAGAGGAGACCGAGGAGCAAAGAGAAAAGAGAUUUGAAAAGACACCGAAGGGGAAGAAACACGAAGACAAGAACGAGAAGAAGGAACACAAGAUGAAAGUCAAGGAAGACAAGCGGGAACAGCGGAAGACGAAAAUGCCAAAACAUCUCAAGAAACGUCUAAUUUCUUCAGCCAAGGGGAAGGCGAAAUAG